AUGUGGCGUAAGCUGCGCUUCACCGUACUUGGUCCGGUAAUAUUAAUGAGAGUCUGGCUUCCUGCGCGGGGGGACGCCAGUCGUGCAACGAACGAGCUAGAAGGCGGACGUGCGGCUUUUUGGCUUAGAUCCCGGUGUUACGAAGCACAAGCUAAAGAUCAAAAGAAGGAGAAAAAGAGAAUCGCAGAACGUAAAAGGAUGGAAAAUAUAAGAAAAGAUCCAGACAAGUAUGCUCUGUGGAAAUUAAAAAUGAAAGAAACAUAUUUGAAAAGAAAGAGAGAAGGUAAAAUCACAUCAGUUCAGAAUUUGACACCGAAACAACAAAAAUUAGCUAGGAAGAAAAGCAGAGAAAGUACUCGAAGAUGGUAUGCUAAAAAUAAAUUAUUAAAAGAACGUGAUAUUCAUUCAGAAGAGGAAAUCAUUGACGAAUGUGAUCCGACAGACGAUACCGAAAUAAAUGAUCCUUUAGAUUUGAAAUUACCAUCAUCUCCAGAAGUUUCGAUUAUACCAAGAUCUCCGGAUAUUCCCAGCUCAUCACAGGUAUUAACUCAGUUUUCACCACAUUCUGCACGUAUAACAAGAUCAACAAUAAGACAAAAGAGGACACUUGGAAUUGAUUUGAACCUAACAGAAAAUGAAACAGAUAUCUCAUCCAAUGCUGACGUCCAUUCGAGAAUAAUAUCGCCUUCACCAAAUACUUCGAUAUCAGAUUCACCAAGGACUCCCAGCCCACAAAGUAGCAUCGCAUCGUCACCACGACGUGUCGUCAGCCCAAAAGUUUAUAAAAAAGCUGCACGGGAAACACCUCUUAAAAAGAAAUCGCCUUGGAAACAUAUUUUACGAAAGUUUCAAUAUAGAUAUACUAAAGAAAUACAAUUGAAAGACCAAAAAAUUCUGGAACUUAAAAGAGUAAAUGAAAAUUACCGGAAAAAAGAUAAAACGGUUAGAAAAAGAUAA